AUCGUUGUGACUCAUCUCCGAUACGCAUGUCUUAAUCGUUAACUUGUGGUUCAAUUGUUAUAAUCCUUACACAUUCCAUCAACUUUACAAAAUUACCUGAUAAGUGCGGUGUUUUGAUACAUUAAACACGAAAAUGAUAGAAACAGAAAGUUUGCACAAUUAUGGAUACGCAGAAGUUCCGGGUCGUUCCUUUUACGACCCGGAGGAAACGAAUGGAUUGGACAUUCCAUUAACCGUUCCUAAUGUCACACAAUUUUCUGAUCAAAUGGAAUCAGGUGCAGCACGCCUAGAACAAACAUUGGAGAUGUUAAAUCUACGUUAUCAAACAUUGUUCUUCCUGGCUGCCGUAAUUAUUGUGGCAAAUGCCGUAUUUACAUUUCUCAGGUGCUUUGGAUUCACCGAACUUCCUGGAUUGUUGCUGUCUACGUUCCUAAUAACAAACGGUUUGAUCAUCAUGAUAUUAGACGUUCCGGGAACACCUAGAUGGGCUGCCAAGUAUCGUAGACAUAUUAGAAAAAAUAUGAGAUUCUUGACACGUUUGACCGGAAAAUCCAUCUGGUUAUCUGUUUUGGGCGCUGCUACAGUCGUUACUGUUAAAUCCAGCAGAAGUGUAGGUGCAUUACGCCUAGUAUUUGGAAUGUUGAGUUCUUUGUUUGUUUUCGGUGUCUCGUUAGCCGGGUUUUUAAUUGCUAUCAGAAAGAGCUUCAGAUUGGAGAAGGCAAAAUCUAUUAUCAAAGACACAUCUAAGGGUGCAUAUAUUGACUGUUAUCGUAAAUAUGCUCUCGGAGAUCCAGAUCACGGCAUGCAAUUUGAGGAAUUUAAUAGAAUGUGUGCCGAUCAUACCUCUGGAAGACUACAAUUCGACAUUGUAGAUUUAUAUAUUAUUUUCAAUGUUCUCGAUGAGCACCAGAAAUGUGCGAUAAAUGAGCGAGAAUUCUAUGAGUGGAUGGCGGGUUCCAUAGUGUUUCUAUAGUCUAAU